AUGGUCUGGAUGCCCCCGUCUGGGGGCGGCCGUCAGGGCGGCGCUGCAGACGCCGGUCGCGCGAGCGACGCGUCCGACGUGCCGUUCAUGGGCCUAAAGCGUGCCAGUAUGGCGACCAACACGCUGAUCGCACGCUCUGAGCUUGGCAAGCCGCGGAAGACGACAUUCACGAGCGAACACGUGGAGCCAGGCCACGUGUUUGGCUUGAAGGUCCCGAAGCAAGCGGAGGGCGCCAAGCAGGUUACAAUGCAGUGGGCUGAGCAUAAGCCCAACCCUCAUGCCCAGCCCGGCCCUGACUUCCGGGCCAUGAACAAGUUGGCAGCUGACAACGGCCUGACUGGCACGCGGGGCCUGCGCGAGUUCCGCAAGGGCCACGCCGUCAGCGUCAAACGCGGCGCGGCGGCUUUGGGCGCGCACAAGCCGCAGCCGCCGCUGCCUGGAGGGAAGGACGCAGCCUAUGGACACUCGCGCACAUGGCGAAGUGCGGAGGACUGCCGCCGCUGUGGGCCCAGCGACCCGCCCAUGCGUGACCUCGUGCAGGGCGCCUACACACACACCUGGGUGGACAUGAAUGCAGCCAGGGCAGAGGGUGAGUGCUCAGCCGUGGCCAACACGUUCUGCGUCAACAGCGCCCUGUGA